AUGAUGAAUUAUUGUGAUUUUAAAAAUGUGAUAUGUCAGAAUAAUGGCAUUUGUCGACCAUUAUUACUGAAUUAUACAUGUGAAUAUCUUGGUAAUAAUCAUUAUUCUGGUCGUCAUUAUGAAAUAACAUCGAAGAAAAGACUUAUUUUUAAAUUUAUUUCAAAAUCAUUUUCUUAUAUUGUAAUCAUUGCUAUGAUUAUUGUUGCAAUGUUUGUUGUAAUCAUGGAUAUAUUAAAAUAUUGUUUUGGAAUUGAUCCAGUCGCUGAAGAGCGACGAAGAAUUCGACAAGAAAAACAAAUGGCAAAACGAAAACGACCUGUUAUUCAACAAUUUGUUUAUGUGAAUGCACUAUCAAAGCAAUUAGCAACGAAUAUUCCUAUUAAAACUAUGAGAGAAACAAUUGUUUAA